AUGGCUAAUAGUGAUCAGAUGCCCAAAGUUGAUUUCACGAAAGACGGUGAAAUCGAUAAAAGAUUACUACAACAGAUUAAAUUUGUUGAACGUCAAAAUCUGAUCCGUGCCACCAGGUUGAACCGUAUGCGUAGAAACUCUCGUUAUACAGGCUUAUUACUUGGCGGUAUUACGUUGAGCAUUUACGGAUAUUCUAUUUAUUCAAUAAAACAGGAAACAUUUUUGGAUGAUUUCGAAGAACCUGCAGUAACUGUUAAACAAUAA